AGGAGGAGUAGGAGGGAGAGUGCACAUAUGGAGAUGAGACAGUCGUCAAAAGGAGGGAGAGUGCACAUAUGGAGAUGAGACAGUCGUCAAAAGGAGGGAAAGUGCACACAUGGAGGAGAGACAGUCAAAGGAGUCUUUAUUAACUUCUGGACCAAAAAAUGGCCUAGCAUGACGCACCUGUAUCACAGUCCCACGUUCUUUACGCUUUACAGUUUUUGCUGGCAAUGUCACAGCAUGAGCUGGAGAAGAAUGGAGGUCACAAUUACCAAGCUACCUCUUGGUCUAACAUGAAUAAUGAACUACCAUCAAUCAUCAAGAACAUUGGAUUUAUUGAGGUCCAUGACAUAAGUGUUGAAGGUGAUGGUCACAAUCUUGGACAAUGGAAUAGGAAGGGUUCUCAGUCCUGUCCUUUGCCAGACUUCAGACGCGGCCAUUUUGCUUCAGUUGGUGAGAGCAAAAGCGUGACAUCAGUGGACUCUGGUAUCCCUACUCUCGAGAUUGGCAACCCAGAGCCUGUCCACUGCAACGUAAAAACAAACUGUUUAAAUGGCGCAGAUGAAAGAGUCUUCCAAAGUCCGAAGAGUAUCCCCGGCGGUGGUACGCCCACUCUCGGGAACACUGACACCGACCAUGUUGUCUGGAAGUCUUCCACUUUUCCCAGAACUGGCUAUGACACGGCAAAACUCUACAGCCCGACCUCGGUCAACCGAAGUGACGACAUCUCUGACUGUAGCGUCUCCAGCAUCAGCACAGAUUUCUCCACCACUCUGUCGGUGAGCAAUGAAGACAUUGUGGACUUUUUGGUAACAAGCAACUCCAGUGCAAUUGUCAAUUUGGAGAACGAUGAGACACAUUUUUCAGACGUGACUCUGAACUCUAUGAAAGACGGUGCAGGUUCUAAGGGCUACACCCAGGAGGCGGAUCUGGAAAGUAAAAAGAAAAUCUUGGGACCACUUAGUGACUUCUUCAACAGGAACAUAUUUGCACGGAAGAAGAGUGUCCAAGUGAAAGAACAGAAUGACCUUGGCUGGAAGUUAUUUGGAAAAGUCCCUCCUCGUGAGUCCCAGAGAAGCAACGUGCAGAAAGUACAAAAGGAAUAUGAAGAGCGAAUAGGAUGCACUUCAAAGUCUCCAUCUCCAAAACAGAAUGUGAGGAAGAACCUGGUGUUUGAACCCCUGUCCACGACUGCUCUUAUAUUGGAAGACCGGCCAGCAAACCUGCCAGCCAAACCAGCAGAGGAGGCCCAGAAGCACAGACAGGAAUAUGAAGAAAUGGUGGCCCAAGCUAAACGGAGAGAAUACAAAGAGGCCCAGAGAAGGAAAAAACAAUUGGAGGAGAGGUGUAAACUGGAAGAAAGUAUUGGAAACGCUGCUUUAACGUGGAACAAUGAAAUUCUACCCAACUGGGAAACCUUGUGCUGCUCUCGGAAAGUCCGGGAGCUGUGGUGGCAGGGAAUCCCACCUAGUGUCAGAGGGAAGGUCUGGAGUUUGGCAAUUGGCAAUGAGUUAAAUAUCACACACGAGCUUUAUGACAUAUGCUUAUCUCGUGCUAAGGAUCGAUGGAAAUCACUGAGCAUGGGAGGAUCUGAAGUUGAAAAUGAAGACUCCGGUUUGUCUGCGGCAGACCGGGAGGCCAGCUUGGAGCUAAUAAAACUGGAUAUAUCCAGGACGUUCCCAAAUCUGUGUAUUUUCCAAAAGGGUGGCCCUUAUCACGAUAUGCUGCACAGUAUUCUAGGGGCCUACACUUGUUACAGACCUGACGUUGGCUAUGUACAGGGCAUGUCCUUUAUCGCUGCUGUGCUGAUCCUGAACCUAGAUACGGCUGAUGCCUUUAUCGCUUUCUCAAACCUCCUAAAUAAACCCUGUCAGAUGGCAUUUUUCCGAGUGGACCAUGGCCUUAUGUUAACUUAUUAUGCAUCAUUUGAAGUGUUUUUCGAAGAAAAUUUACCGAGGUUAUUUGCUCACUUCAAGAAAAAUAAUCUGACGCCAGAUAUAUACCUAAUAGACUGGAUAUUUACCCUUUACAGCAAGUCUCUCCCUCUGGAUUUGGCGUGCCGAGUGUGGGACGUGUUCUGCCGCGAUGGGGAGGAGUUUCUGUUCAGAACUGCCUUGGGAAUACUUAAACUUUUUGAAGACAUUUUAACAAAGAUGGAUUUCAUUCACAUCGCCCAGUUUCUGACUAAGCUGCCUGAGGACUUAACCGCUGAUGAUUUAUUCCUCUCCAUCGCCGCAAUACAGAUGCAGAGCCGGAAUAAGAAGUGGACUCAGAUUCUGUCGGGACUGCAGAAAGAUAAUCGUGAAAUGGAGAACAGGAGCCCCAACCUUAAACGCUGAAUAUGAUCUCAGGAUUGGGGUAGUGUUCCCCACGGGAAUGUCACAGAUUAGGUUUUCAUCGCGGACAGAGAACCGAAUUCUAUUACAGGACUGUGUAAAACACUGGAAUUGGCCUUAAAUUAUUUAAGUCUGUACUUUCUGAUCAGCUUUACUCCAGAAACCGUUUUCAACGCUGUUAAUCAGCAGGACAUUGAUGUUGAUACCGAAACCAGGGUUCCGGGAGGGCUGACGUUGGUUUUGAUUACCCUCCUGCACAAGCCCCAGCCUGUGCAGUAGGGUAAUUUUAUAUGCGGUUCUAGGGUUCCUUUCCACUGCAAAGAACAACACAGGAAUAUUAUUCUUUUCGUGGACCAUUGCUUAUAGUGGGUAACCUGGCAGCUCGCAAAUCAUAUUGUAGGAAAACCGUUGCUAUUGUUAUGAAAGAGCAUUUUCUAUCAUAAUUUUAAAUGAUAUAUGUUUUAUAUAUUUAUAUAUAAUAUAUGUAUGUGUGUAUAUAUAGCAUAUAUGUAUGUAUGUAUAUUAUAUGUAUUUGUAUCUGGUCACCAGUGCCAGCCAAAACUAAAAUGAAAAACUAGAAUGAGAUUAAUACUGUAAUACCCUGCAGCUAGCAGAACCAUGUGGAUGUGGUCACUUGCGACGUUCAGAAGAUAUUAAUCCCUGGGACAUUCAAAUAAAAAAUGGUGACUGUAACCUGCGCUCCCAGGGGGCAGCUUGAUCUAGAACGGACACCUAAUGUUCCAAACUAACCAAAAAUAAACAAAUACAUGUCAUAAAGCGGGGACUAGGUGGGUUUUGUAUUCAGUGUAGUCACUCUAUAUGAAGCUGCUGAUGCGUUAAAAGAAAUAGAAAAUAAUAGUUGGAAAAUAUGGUACUGUACUCUUAUGUGUAAAGUAGGGAAGGUCCCAAUCACCCCUGUCACUGGUGAGUGCUCAUGUGGGAGUACCAAUUUGGCACAAGUGAUCCUAACCCAAUUGUGGACCUUCCUUACUGUUCACAUGAGUGGUUCCUGUAUAGUUCCAUAUUGCUUUACCUAGUUGUAUUAUUUUCUGCUCUUUUUUUUUUUUUUUUUUUUUUUGCAUCACUGGAACCAUAUGGAGUGACUACACCAGUGACGUGCGGUGAGGUCAGGACCUAGGGAGGCAGUCUCACCACUGCAGCCAAGAGUCGUGACCGGCCAGGCUGCUACUGUCUUUUACGUGCAGGUGGGUAGGCUGCAGACAGGAAGCCAGUCACUGGCUGCUACUCACCCCACAUGGCUGCUGCUGGCACCUCGGGUAAUGAUCUCCAUCCUCACCUGCCAUGCUGCUCUGCUGGCACUUCUUGGAUUAGUUGCAUGACUAAUCCGAGGUGUCAAUCAGAGCUCCGGUACAUUCCCUGCUGUGAGGCAUACCUUCAUUGGCUCACAUUCUUUCCAUUUUAUUGGCUGCAGUGUUGCCCGCUCUACUUUACACUGUACUCUCUAGAGGUAGUGUAUAGCUAUGAGAGAUGAGGCCGAGAUGUUGCUGUCUCAUCUCUCGUCUGUCCCAGCAAAUCCAGGUAGCCUCCGCAAUGUGGCAAGUUUUAACUAUAAAAAUGAUUGCAAUAAUACAAAGAAGAUGCUUAUAAGUUAAAAUUACUUUCUUUGUAACAUUCUAGUCAUUUUUAUAGACAAAACUCUGAAGUAUGACAGGGGAAGCUCAGCCUCCCCUGACUGCAUGUUCCUGCACCAAAUUCAAUAUCCACCUUUGCAGUUCAUGACUUGUGUAUUAGAUCCUAAUUCCUGGCACCUGCUCAGUGGGUGGAGGAAAAGUGUUUUGUGAUCACUGAGCAGAUUACUCCACAGCUGUCCAAUCGGCACUCUCGUCACUAGCGUAGUCAAAACACUGAAAAGCUAAGUGCUCCUGCCUAAACCGAGAGGUAGAAUGACUGAACAGUGAUCUGGUGGGUCCUAAAAUGUGGUGCUCCACAAUGCACCCGUAGACCCUUCAUGUCAUCUUACGUCCGGAACACUUCUGUCAGUGGAUAAUGUUGAAAAUGGGGACAACGGAAACAUUAUUUGGGUAACCUAAAAUAAUUGUAAGACCAAUGCUUAACCCUGCUGCAGAUGAUCCUGGGUAUUAAUGUAUCCUGACCAAUGUGAUGCUUUUAUUUGACUAUUAUUGUAAAAUGGUAAUACAAUCCAAAUAAGAUCCUUAUUUCUGCUUCGGGUCACAGAACAUACUGUAUAUCAAUGUUUGAAAACGGACUAUAGUUUCCCUCAUUGUGAAUAUUGUAAAAUCCCUCCAGUUGGUCACCUGGUUUGAUGACCUGGAAAUGAGGAUGUUUAAUUCUCUAGAAAGACCUGUACUUUUACUUACAUUCCGUGGGCAAUGACCAAAGAUGCACGCAAAUCUGUGAUCACGUCUGAAUUUGUAUGGCUCCACUGUAGAUGAAAAUCAUGAUCACUUAACUUAAGCCAUCAUAGACUCAGAACUGUGUUAUAUUUUGGAUUUGUCGCAUAUAUACAUAUAUAUAUAUAUAUAUAUAUAUAUAUAUAUAUAUAUAUAUAUAUAUAUAUAUAUAUAUAAUUUGUUGUUUGUGUUUAGGUUUUCUAACAUUUCUCACCACUGAUGCUUAUGGACUGGUAACAUGCCAGGUUUUCUACCUAGUCUCUCAAAAUUGCAGGAGAGUGCCACAAGGGGCUGUUCCUUAAUGAAUGGUUCACUAAUCCACACACAGGAGUUCUUCAUGGGGUGUGGAAACCUGGACUGUUGGCCAGGCCAGGCUUAGUAAUGAGGAGGAGCGGACUGUUUCUAAGACUCCUCAAACAUCAGGAACAUCUGGUUAGCCACCUCCGAGGCAGUGGUGGUGUUACUAGUCUUGACACUGGGAUAGUACAAUUUUAUUUUUACAGUUUAGAAAACUGGUGACUAUUUGGGAUAGAUGGGGCAUUAUCUGAAUCUAAUGCACAAAUCACUUAUUACACUUGCCCAGUUCAUUUGUCUGUUUGUAUGUAUACUGUAAUGUAGGCCCCACUGGAGGAGAAGUCACUAGAGGCAAAAUACACACAUGACUUAUAUUACGACUGCUAUGGUAAAGUAAUAGCAUGGUAUGAAUGUUGUACAUAUGCUGCAGUCCAUUUCCAGCAAUCAGAUAUUUGUGUUGAUCGUCUGAUCAUUCAAGUACAAAUUAUCUAAUAAAAUCUCAAAAUGGUUACUAUGGGUUAACAGUAUAUAUGUGGAAUUUGAAAGGCUCUAAUUCAGGAUAAUUCCACAGGGUAUCAAGAUUCUGUACAGGGACCUGUAAUAAGUAUACCCAUCAAUGGGGGAGCCAUUUUGUGGACUGGACCCAGCUUUUCAGUGGCCUGAAAACUGCUCCCAAUAUUUGGGGCACGAGAUGCAGAGUGCCACAGCGGGGUCUCUAGUUUCCAGUGAAUUGAUCAGGCUGCCAUUCUCAUUAAUGAAAAAAUGGCUGCUUCCUGUAGGUGGCUAAUCCUCUAUACCAAGACUCAUUCUGCUGAUGGGAUGUAGUUAUGUGACCGGCGGUCAGGAGACAGCUGGUCAUGAUACCAACGCCGGAAUCCCGCCCCCUCACAGUCCUGACAGUCGGCAUGGCGACUAACAGGGACUAUUCCCACUACACCCAUAGAGUGGGAAUAGAACCUGUGGCGAGUACAGCUUGCCACCGAGCCUGCAAGGGGCUUUGUUGCACUCAUCCCCCCCAUUCCCCCCUGCAGGGCAUCUAAAAGCCAGGAUCCCAGCGUCAGUAUGGUGACCGGCGGUCUCCCGACCCCAACCCCUGCUGACACAGACACAAGUAUAUUUUUUAAAUGGUUAACAGGUAGCUGUCAUUUUGUGAUCAAAAAUCAUCAUGUAUGUUAAACUAAAGCACUUUAUAAAUAAUGGGCAAAUGCUGGAUUGGAUUUUUUGUUUUUCUAAUCUGUGAUUAAUAUGAUCAAAUGUGACUAACUUAUCACCAAAGUUCAUAAUAUGAUUUGCAAUGUAAGGGUCAAGUACAAUGUUUGCUGGAUCGAGAUGUUAUAUACAGGGUGAUUAAAAAGUCGCAGUAUACCCUUUUUGUUUAAAAAAACUGUGCAGGAUUUGGGAAAACUGAAUACUCCAGUAAGGUAUGGGUGAGGUGGGCUAUCUUUUUAAGGUAUGUACCGAACAUGGGCGCCAUCUUGAAUCUAAGUCACUUUUCCCAUUUUCUGCACAGUUUUUUAAACAAAGGGGGUACUGCGACUUUUGAAUCACCCUGUGUAUAUAUAUAUAUACACACACACACACACACACACACACACUGUAAUAUACAUAUCUGUCAUGAGACCUUUUUUUAUUGUCACUUUUGUGCCUUUGCACUAUAUUUGUAACUAGUUUGCUCAGUAAACCGGAUUCUUUUUAUUUA